AUGAAUUCGGAAAUUCGAAAACCAACCUGGGAUACUUACACAGCCCGAGACCUCGAAAUUCUUUCGGAUAUUAUAACAUUAGCUACAUAUACUUCACAUACUUCACAGAGCUCAAUAGAAAUUACACCAAUUUCGUUCAUGUCCUUAUUUCGUGCUCAUGAUGUUGUAUUGUCAACAAGAAGAAUUGACCCCAAAACCGAUACUACUUAUUAUCAAUUUUUGUUAAAAUUGCCAUUAAUGCCUGGUAACAAUUGGAGUGAUAAAUUUGAAAAUGCUAUCAGGGAUAUUGGAUCAAAAACAGAUAUUGAACAAUAUAAUUGGUUACUACGUCAAUCUAGUGAACUAUCUGAAUCAGAGUAUAGUACAGAAAGCAACAUUUCUUCUUCUCAACUGGAUCAUAGUAGUGUAGAAAAUAUUACUUUCGAUAAUUUUAUCAAAGCGAGUGAAAAUAAUUUAUCAUUCGUAUUAGAACAUAAAGAUGAUAACAAUGAAACGAGCGUUGAAUCAUCAACUAAAUUUGAUUCUCAGGGUUUUAAUGAUGAUGAUAAUGAGAAACAAUCACAUAUCAAGAGAGAUAUCUUCAAAAUUGAAGAAAUUGGUAAAUCUGAAGAAUAUACGCUCAAGGACGAUGAUUCGAUACUAAAAAAGAAUACAUGGAUUCCUAUAACAAAUGUUGAUAAUGUUAAAUCUAAUCCGGAUGGUUUUGAAGGUGUUGACGAUAAUGAAAAUGAGGAUCCUCAAGAAAUGGAAGAAUUAAAAGAGAAACUACAAAUAUAUUUUAAAGAAUGGAGAAGGUAUACAAUAAAAAUUCGAACGUUUCGUGCAAAAGGAAUAAGGCAAUGGAAAUUAGCUAUAAACUUUCAUCAAAAAAAGUUAUUAACAAAUUCUUUUAAUAAAUGGACAAUGAGAUAUCAAAAACAAUUAUUGAAAAAGCGAAUUCUUAGUGAGAAAUGUAAAGAAUUUAUUAUGAAAAAAUAUUUGAUUAAAUGGAAUCAUCGUAAACAAUACGUUUCUUAUAUGGAAAAGCAAGCUAUAGUUAUCAAACAAAGAAACCUGCUGAGACGUUACUUUGCCAUAUGGUUUAGUCGAUAUUUUGAUAAAUUAAUAACGACAUCACAAAAAUAUAGUAUAAUUGAUGAAGGUACUGAAGAAACUUUAGUACAAAGAGUUUUUGAAAAAUGGAGAAGUAGAUAUAUUCAUUAUGAAUCAUUAAAUGAAAUGGCUGAGGAUGAUUAUAAUACUAAAUUAAUGAGUAACGCAUUUUUACAUUGGAAAAGAGUAAAUAGAAAAAGACAACAAAUAAUUAAAGAAAUUGACCUGCAACUUAAAAAUAAAUAUUUUGUUGAAUGGUAUAGCAAGUGUUUACAAAAAUGGAAACAACUGCAUAGACAGAGACAAUUGGAAGUUAAAAUUUUACAAGAAUGGCAUAGUUGGGCAGCAAAAACACGUAGAAAAAGACUGUCUAUACAUUCUGAACAAACAAAUAGAAACUUGGUAAAGUUAAACAAAAGACAAUAG